CCAGGCUGCAUGAGAAUCAAAAGCGUCACGCAGUAUAGACUCUCCAGUCUUCAGCCUCCACGAUGCUCUUCUGCCAUCAGUCAGAUACAAACGAACGAUCCGUCGCCUCGCUCUCUUCUGCCUCUGCGAACGUGUAUCCUCUCACCGACCACAAGCGCCAGCGAAAGCUCAGGUAUGUGGUACCUCCUACGCCACGUGGGAAACUUGGCGCAGACUUCGAGCUCGAUUCAAACACAGCACGAGUUGCUGCGCAUCGGGACGCACAUUUCAGGAGGUCCUGCAGCGAGGACGAUCUCCGAGCCUUCUGCCGACUUCAUGUCUGCCCCUCCACAGGCUCCAACACGGCAAGCUGGCGCCGCCUCAGUAUGUAGGAAACGAAGUCAGCGCGAUAAGCGCUGACAGAGGGCGAGGCGACGCCUGUAAUGAAUUCCAUGUCCAGUGGAGAACUGAUUCACGGACAUCGAAG